AUGUAUAAAAAUCUUUUUGAUAAAUUAAAAGAUGGACCACUGAAAAUAUCAAUACUCGGUAGUGGAAAUUGGGCUAGUGCAAUUAGUAAGGUUGUUGGGACGAAUGCUCAGAAUAAUUACUUAUUUGAAAAUGAAGUAAAAAUAUGGGUUAGAGAUGAAGUUUUUGAUGGAGAAAAAAUGGAAGACAUAAUAAAUCAGAAACAUGAAAAUUUAAAGUAUUUAAAAGGAGUUGCUUUACCACAUAAUAUUGUUGCAUAUAGUGAUAUAGCUGAAGUUGUUAAUCAUGCUGAUUUACUAAUUUUUAUUAUUCCUUGUCAGUAUUUGGAAAAUGUAUUGCUUAUGAUACACCAAAACAAGUCAAUUAAAAUAGCAAAACAUGUAAAAGCCAUUUCCUUAACAAAAGGAUUUAUUAUUAAAGAUAAUAAAAUAAACCUUUGCUCUAAAGUUAUUAGCAACUUUUUAAAUAUUCCAUGUUGUGCUUUAUCAGGAGCUAACAUAGCAAAAGAUGUUGGUAUGGAAGAAUUUUCUGAAGCUACAAUAGGAGGGGAUGACAGGGAUGUUUUAUUAAUUUGGCAGAGAGUUUUUGAUUUACCGUAUUUUAAAAUAAAUUGUGUUAAUGAAACAGUUGGAGUUGAAAUAUGUGGUGCUUUAAAAAAUAUUAUAACAUUAGCAGCUGGUUUCUGCGAUGGUCUAAAUGCUUCUCCUAAUUCUAAAUCAGCAAUAAUAAGAAUUGGUAUUAAUGAAACAAAAUUAUUUGCAAAAAUAUUUUUUAAUAAUUUUAAUGAAAGUAUAUUUUUUGAAAGUUGUGGAUUUGCUGAUAUUAUUACAUCCUUUUUGGGAGGAAGAAAUGCAAAAUGUUCUGCUGAAUUUAUAAAAUGCAAGCAAAAAAGGUCAUGGGAAGAAUUAGAGAAUGAAAUAUUAAAAGGACAAAAAUUACAGGGAACACUUACUUUAAAAUAUAUUUACCAGAUGAUAAGAGAAAAAGAUUUGACAAAAGAUUUUCCGCUUUUUACUAUUCUUCAUAAAAUUUCUUUUGAAAAAGAAGAACCAUUAAAUUUAUUAAAAACUUUUAUGGAUAAUAGAAUGGCUCCAUUAAACCUCUAA